CUCCCAUAUAAUGUGAGAGGCACCACCAUCUUGUCUGCAGGAGCAAACUGAUUUUACAGAGGGCUUUUUGAAAUCUCUUUAGCAUGAUUUUUCAAGCACUUUUUGAGUGUAUGGACUUGUAUAGUUGGCUGCUGUUCAGUUUUGUUGUGUUACUUUUGACUGAUGUGGUCAGAAACUGGAGGCCACACAACUUUCCACCUGGACCCUGGGCUUUGCCUUUUCUGGGAAAUGUCUUCACAGGAGUUGACUUCAAGACAAUGGAAAAGCUUGCUCAGGAGUAUGGUCCAGUGUUCAGCUUGCGGAGGGGCAAUGAGAGGAUGGUGUUUAUUUCGGGAUACAAGAUGGUCAAAGAGGCUCUUGUUAACCAGCUGGACUGCUUUAUUGAUCGACCUAUCGUCCCUCUCUUUCAUGUUAUCUUCAAGGGCAUUGGCAUAGCUUUGAGCAAUGGUUACCUGUGGAGGAAGCAGAGGAAGUUUGCCAACACUCACCUGCGUUAUUUUGGAGAGGGGCAGAAGUCACUGGAAGCAUACAUUGAAGUGGAAAGCAACUUCAUCUGUGAAGCUUUCAAAGAGGAACAAGGAAGACCAUUCAAUCCCCACUACAUCAUAACGAAUGGAGUGAGUAACAUCAUCUCCUCUGUGAUCUUCGGACAUCGCUUUGAAUACAGUGAUCAAAGCUUUCGCAAGGUUCUUGAGUUGGACAAUGAGGCCAUUGUGCUCGCUGGCUCUGCUCAGACUCAGCUGUAUGAUGCCUUCCCCGGCUUGAUGCAGUACCUGCCAGGACCUCAUCAGACUGUCCUCGCAAACUACCACGAGAUCAUGACUUUCCUGAAGAAAGAAGUAGAGAAGCACCAGGAAGAGUGGAAUCCUGAUGACCCUCGUGAUUAUAUCGACGUAUACCUGGCAGAGAUGGAAAAGAAAAAGGAGGAUCCCCAGGCAGGAUUCAGCAUUGAAACCUUGCUGGUUUGCACCCUGGACCUGAUUGAGGCUGGUACAGAAACAUCUGCCACAACUUUACGCUGGGCCCUUGUGUACAUGUUGCACUACCCAGAGAUACAGGAGAAAGUUCAGGCAGAGAUAGACAGAGUGAUCGGACAGUCUCGUCAGCCCAACCUGGCCGACAGACCCAACCUGCCUUACACUGAUGCUGUCAUCCAUGAGACACAGAGGAUGGGAAAUAUUGUUCCCUUGGGAUUCCCUAAAAUGGCCACUAAAGACGCUACACUGGGAGAAUACUUCAUACCAAAGGGCACAGCUAUUAGCACAAUGCUUGGGUCUGCCCUGUUUGAUAAGAAUGAGUGGGCGACUCCAGAUAUCUUCAACCCUGAGCAUUUCUUGGAUUCAGAGGGCCAGUUUCGCAGAAGAGACGCUUUCUUGCCAUUUUCAGCAGGUAAACGUGUGUGUUUAGGGGAGCACCUGGCCAAAAUGGAGCUGUUCCUGUUCUUUACAUGUCUCCUUCAACGCUUCACUUUUUCUCCUGUUCCUGGAGAAAUGCCCAGCAUGGAGGCUGUGGUGGGCUUCACCCAUUCCCCCGAAGAGUUCAGGAUAUUUGCUGUGCCCCGCUGAUUUUACAGCAUCGGUGCUGUACUCUGUCCUCCCAUCAGAUCAUGAAUAAUAACUCACUGCUAAUGUUAUAGUUCAGUUCAGUACACUUAGUGUAAAGUUUGCCAUGGAAGUAUUACAUUCCCACUUAAACUUAAACACACUAAAUCAACUAUAAAAGUGUACAAUAUACUAAUACUGUAUCUAUCUAUCACUGGUCUGACAAGCUUUUUGAUCUUUAACAACAUGGUCAUUAACUUAUGACACUGAUAACCUGUUUUUAGUGAAGUCUCAACAUCCCGCUGUUUACUUGGACAUAGAGUGUAGUUAGAAACAGGGCUAAAGGUUAUAUGCAUAUAAUAGCCUCUUUAAC